AUGGAGAGCAACAAUGAUAAUUUGACACAUUUACCGGAGAAUCGAAAAUUACCAUCACUUCAACAGAAAAAAAUGACAGAUGAACGUAGAAUGAAUUUAUAUCCAAAAAGUGGCUCGCUCGAUUACUCUGAUGCCCUUCAAGAACUCAAAAGAAUAAAAAAACUGCAUCCCUAUGAAGUUUCCAAAACACUGCAGAAAAUCCUAGGACUCUGUCAGAACCAGGUCCAAGUAGCCCCCUCGACCUGGCAGCCCCUCGUAAUCGAGCUAUUGACGCUCCUCGCAUCAAAGACCUACCAAGAUGAAGAGUCGAUCCUCUCAGGCCGGAUCAUCUUCUCGAUUCUCGCUAAAUCCCUCCCCCCCGACGAUCUGACCCGCCUCACCUCCCAACUACUGCAAGUCCCCCCCGAUCACCUCGACAUAUUCUCCCAGAGAAUCCCCGUCCAAGACCCCGAAAUCUUCAGACUGUCGGUAAUAAACAGUCACCUCUCCAUCUCCAAGAAACUCCACUCCCGCACCAUCUCCACCGAUUUCUUCACAAUAAUCCACUCGCAUUGUUCCACGUACACCAGCCACACAUUCCUCGCAUUCCGCCUGCUGAAACUCUGGCUAGAAUCCACCCUGGGCACAAGUUUCUGGGCGAAAGACACCAGUAAAUUAGAGAAACAACUCGAAAGUCUGAUAGUGUCAAACUGGGACAAUUGCAUCGGCGACGUGGCAAAGUGGAACGCCACCGAGAUAUACCCCCUGUACCUAACAAUAAUGCAGAAUAAACACCCGAAUUUCGUUGAAAAAUCGUGGAGUCUCGUGGUGGAUCGGCUGUCGUGGCAGAACCCCACGAAAUUCACAAUUCUCUCGAUAAUAUCAUCAGUCAUGUCAGAGGCCCCACGAAUGCGGCCUGCACACAUCAGAGAGAUGGUUAAAAGCCUCCCUAAAAGCCACCUGAAGCAUCCCUCAACGAAACUGUACCUCUCGGUGUGGCACAAAGUCCCUGAAGACGACUGGUUGAAUAUUUUUUACAAAACAGCUCACCCAGUGGUGAAGACGUGGGAGGAGGAGAGCGAUUUGAACGCUCUUCAGCUGUUCUGGGACCUCUGGCUGAGGCCAACUCUCCUGAAGUUCAGUCCUUCCUUAUUCUUCGACCUCUGGCCUUAUCUGUUUAUCGAUGAAAUGAUCGUUUGUCAGUCGUUCUUCGUCAAACUGGCAGCUGAGAGGAACAUCGGACUGAGGUCUUUGUUGGAAUCUCCAAUAAUCGAAUCAAUUCGCGAUGUAAAAAACGUCUGGAUGAAUCGCUCUGGACUUCCUCCUGUGUUGAAUGAUGCCCGCGAGUGCGUGAGGCUGAACGCCUUCACGAUAUUCUGCAAAGGAGCUAGAUUCAAGGAAGAACAUGAAGCUGAGGCCCCAGAUUACGAUGUAUGCAAGAGGUUUCUCUACCUCAACGCGAGGGCAGCUUCGACGCGAUUCAGAAAGGGAUUGCUAGAUAGUUUCAGGAUAUUCAUCGAGAGAAUGUCCACGCGUCCUGUUAAAAAGGAGGAACUCGAUUUCUCGGAGUAUAUCCACGGGUUCGUUCUGAACUGCCUCGAGGUGGGCUCUUGCUACCAGAGGAAGAUCAUAGGGCUGAGUCUCCACUCGAUCAUCUCAGAACGUGUGAGGAAACGUGAGGAGAAGUUGUGGUCGUGGACGCACAACAAUGAGGAGAGCUUCCACGCCCUCGCGAGGUUGUGCCUGGACCCGGUGGAGGAAGUGAGAUCGAAAGCCUGUGGCAUCCUCUGCAUAUUCGACCCAGCGAUCCUCACGGAAGACGUGAAGAGCACUUUGUACCGAGAGGGCAUGAGGAAUUGCAGGUCUUGGAAGUUCUACGAAGUCUCUGGCGGCGCGAAACUGCUCAAAGUAGUUUCUAAAACAUCUCAAGUGGAUUUCACUCGCGAACUCCUCGACGAAGCCAAGACGCAGCUGUCCGCCAUGAGGGGGGACAUCCUGAGAGCGACCACUGGAGCCUCUCCCUUCUACGGGGUCCUGACCGCUCUUCUGGAGACAGCUGAUCGCGAUAGACUCGGUUUGGACGAAGGAUUCGUUCAACAGCUGGUGGACCUCCUGGAGCAGGCCUCGACCUUUUUCCUGGCUUCCUUGUCCCCGAAUCCUGGCGACUCAGAGUUUUCCUCGUCCUUCGCGGAAAUGGGAAUCGCGAUUGAAGCGAUUAUAACGAACAGCGGGAUUAUCGACGAAUCAGACGAGUGCGUGCUCUCACCAGCGCAUCAGACAAUCCUCUCAUGCAUUUGGAUGUCCCUCGCGACAAUUUGCGAGGUGUCAGGGAGUUUGACGUACAUUAAUGCAUUGGGGGAGGAAAUCUACAUGCGACUGAUAAACAUCGUCGUGAGGAUUCUGAUGAAAUGUCGGCAUAAGGGGGUUAUCGAGGUCGCUGGGGGGGUCCUAGGGGGUCUGAUGAAUAAUCAGAACCUCCGGGUGGAGCACUUCGUGGAGCAUCUGGAGAAGCUCCUCAGCGUCGAUUCGCGGGAAGUGAAUAUGACGAGACGGGGGGCGGGGCAGACCAUCAUGUUUCACAAGUUGGUGUCCAAUGGGGAUAAGCGCAGUCGGCCGCUCCUCCAGAUGGCGCUGAGGAGGAUGUUGAAGGGUUUGAGGGAGUCGGGGAAUCCCCGAAAAUCGUCGAUCGCGGGGGGGAAUCCCACGGCCGAUGAUCCGACUGCUCGGCAGAUUCAUUUUCUCAGGAGUGCUGUCGCUGAUAAGUCGCUUCAUCAACAUCUGGUUACUUAUAUGGAGGAGAUCGCGCUGAUUUGUCUCAUGCAUCUGAGGUCUUCGGAGUGGCCGGUGCGUAAUGCGAGUCUUCAGCUGCUGGGGGCUGUUGUCACGCGGCUCGUGGGCCAAGCCGGGGAUGAGGCCGGCCACUCCAUCGAGCAUUUUGCGACGCACUAUCCGACCCUCGCGGAGGAACUCCUGCGAGAACUGAAGGUCGCAAGGGAGGACGACGACGGCGUCAUGUCCGUUCUCAGUCUCCUCUGCAAGAUGACGGUUUCCGGGGAGGACUACCUCGAUUACUCGUCGGACGGCUAUAGGAGGGGAGUUAUGGAGGAGCUUUGGGAGCUGUUUGGCCACAGAAUUGCUGGGGUGCGGGGUCUCGUGGCCAAGACGUACGCCGCGUUCGUGCCUCCUAGGGACAUCGCCAGGACGAUUCUUCAGAUGGCGAAGGGAGUUGAGUCUUCAACUGGCGGUCAGAACCAUCAGCACUGUCUCUUCCUGGCGCUGGGGUACCUCCAGGCGAGGGCUCAGUACGAGUCCGUCUGCGAUGAUGAAGACGACAGGGGGAGGAUCCUGGAGGCGACUGCUGCGGGGCUCGAGAGGUUGGACUCUCUCCUGAGGGAAUGGGCUGGCGGACAGGGGAGGAUUGAUUACAUCGUGGAAUCCGCGUUUAUCAAGUGCCUGUUGACGUCUCCGGAAUUGAAGAACUUUCGGUUUAGGGGCGACACCUUUUGCCAGUCGUCGAUCGCGGAGAGAAUUCGGGGGGAAGGGGAUCGCCCUGGGUUCUGGGAGUUCAUCGAUCGUUUGGCUGAGGCUCAUUGGACCUUUUGGGGCUUCGGGGGGUGGCUCGUUGAUGAGUGGACCGGGGGGAUUGAGAGGUACAAUAUUCGUCUGAUGGUACAUGCGACAAUUGGGGGAAUGAAGAAUGCAGAUCCUGGGGAACAUCUUCCGGGGAUUUUGACGGCUUUAUUGGGGAAGAUGUCUGCGAUUCUGGAGGGAGACGAGUCCCCUCUGCAGGUGUACUACCCCCAGAUCUUCGGAUUCGUGAUUAAAGUUCUGGAGGACAAACGUUGUCGGAGAAAUGUUGAAGAGACUUGUUUAAAAGUUGAUGUUAAGAGAAUAGUGGUGAAACUCGUUGGGAGGAAGAAUGAUAAUGAGAGAAGACUAGGGCAUAUGCUAGUCGCUCUGACUCUUUUCGAUGAUUAUGAGCUCCGGAGGAUGACUCUGGAGUUUAUUCUACGUACGGCGAAUUUUGACGACGACUCGGGGAAGUUAUGGGCGCUGGAAUGUGUGGGGAAGUGUCUUGAGAGCAAGAAGUUUGGGGAUCUUGAGAGCGAUCUUAAGUUGAUGAUCAUCGAGGCUCUGGUGGUUCUGCUGAAUGACGAAAUCCCGGAGAUCCGAGAGGCCGCCAGUGAGACGAUGACGGCCUCUCGAGUGUUGGAAGGUCAGGGGGAUGUUAGGGAGUUAAACAAAAAUCACGCGGAUGUUAAUCUCCAUGAGGUCUUGCGACUGGCCGUUUCUCUGUGUUCAUCUGCCGAGGGAAUAAAUCGAGAUGGAAAGCUUAAAUGUUUCGUGAAGAAUAUCCUGGGGAACAGGUAUUUGAGGAGGAACACUGGAGGCCUGGAGAGUCCUUUCAAUUACGACGAGGUCUACCGAGAAGAUGGAAAAUUUUUGAAUAUUAUUAGUCAACUUGUUGACCAUCAACUUGAUCUUCAGUCUUCUUCGAUUGAGUCUUCAAGGGCUAAUGAAGAAAUUGAUGUUAUGAGGGUGAUCGAGGUUGGAAGGGACUAUCAGGAGAGGUACAUCAAAUCCUUAGAGAGUGCAGCGAAUCCUUGCAGACUAGCUAUUCUGUUGAAUAUUCGGCUUGAGGACUACAUGUCCUACAAGAUCAACAUUGUGAAUGAGAUCAUAGAGACCAAUAAAAACCAUAAAACGUGAUUAACUUUAAUAUCCUAGGCGAGACGCGCGCUAGCCAGGCUGCAUGAAAUUGAUUCUUCAAACAAUUUUUUAAACUCGACUAAUUCUUGACUCCAUUAAUGCCAUUGAAUAUUGGCAGGAAUGACAACAAUCCAGCGCUAAAACGCUGAAGGAAUCGUGAAUUGCCACAUAAUCACCCAUGACAAUUCAGUAGCGAAGUGGUAAAACGGUUUAAGUCGACUUGGCUCUCAUCUGAGUUUUUAAGGAAUAUCUUCGAAUCUAAAGAAGCUAACGAAAGUUUUGUAAUAACUUUUUUUGUAGAGCGAAUUGAUUGCUAUAGAAAAGGUCUUGUCAAAAUUUUUGCCAUCUCCCUUAGAUCCUGAAAUAUUCAUUGAAAACUGGCAAAUAGUCAAAAUCGACUUAAACCGGUUUACCACUUCGCUACUGAAUUGAUCAAGUGGAUGUAGUAGGAAAAACACGUCAUUUCGAAGACGUACUUGAAAUCUUCAAAUUGGUGUAUAAUAAAUCCUCAUUGCUUAAGUGCAAAGAUCCAACAAUGAAUGAAAAGGCCGAAUUUCAAGGUGUGGCAUGACGUUCAAAAUAGAAACAAUCUCCAAUAACUUCAUGAAAAUUCAACCAAAUUGCAUUUAAUACAUCACAAUUUGAAGAACGAAUAAUGUGCCCUGCAAAAUGAUAUAUUUAUUUUUCCGAUAGGAAGUACACUUCUUCCAUUAAAUUUUCAAGUGCUAAUGAAGAAAUUUAUAUUAUGAGGGUAAUGGAGGUUGGAAGGGGCUAUCAGGAGAGGUACAUCAAAUCCUUGGAGAGUUACAGACAAGAUAAGCAUACUAAAUAAAACCAUAGAGACCAAUAAAAAACACAAGACUUGAUUAAUUUUAA